CAAAACGAUUCAGUAACGGCUCAGUUUCAAGUGUUUUUCUGAAGAAGCAGGGCGCCCAAAGAGAACUUGCUGCGGCGCUGUUUUCUCUAAAUCGUUGUCCCGUCUUGUUUCCCAGCCCCCCCCCCCUGCCACCUGUCUCUCCCGGCUCCGUUUUGCUGUAGCGGCAUUCUCUCGGUUAACUACAAGCAGGUCCACACCCGCUUAUUCAAAUUUGGUGAUUUUCUGCAAGGUACGCGGCAAGUACUAUGCCAAAAUCAUGGAGCCCGAUCGAAAUCGGUACCUCGUGUGUCCUCCGGAUGAGAACGCCAGUGAAUAGCCGACGAAAAUCGCGAAAUCUUACGUUCUACGUAGGCGGGGGACAGAACCUUGCGUCAGCAGCUCUCAGUUGGUGCCUGCGAGCGCCAAGACAGCUCACAGUCAAAGCUGCGUUUUCUCGUUCCCUCUGGAGCGUCCCGAUAUCGUCUGUUCUGAACUCCCUUUGUAACUGCGCCCAAAAGGUGGCAAAUGCCACCGCAGAAAGGCGUUGUCGACCAGAUAUUCUGUGUCUCCUCUACCACCCCUGGAAGAGUACCUGAAGUUCUCUCUUUUCCAAGGUCGUUGUUUCCCUUACCUUCUUACUCUCGUCCCUCCGUCUUCCUGCUCUCGUCCUUCUGACCUUUGACAACUGUCUCGCUCCUGUUUUUUCGUUCAUCCCUGCCACGCUCUCCGUUGUUUUAUCUUUUGGAACGGUCGUUUCUCCUCUUUUAUUCGUCUCAUGCUGACCUGACCUAGCCUCACCACCACCACCUGGCUGAAGACAUGGGCUUCAUCUCUCUCCGUAACCUGUUCUCUGGGGGUGUCUGUCUCCACUUUUCCCCUUCUUUCCUGUGUUUGCUCACUUUUUUGACGUUUCUCUCUCCGCCAGCAGAGGGUCUCUUGUAUAGCCAGCGCGGGUCUGUGCUGGACAGGCGCGGGUGUCUCCCCUUUUCUCGGCUCGUGGACCCCCGGUGGAGCCUUACGCGGUCGCUCUCGGUGACACUUGGGUCCAGCUGUCCCUCGGGGAGUUCUCGCCACUUCCAGAAAGGCUCUGCAUGUCGUCGACUCGCUGGAUUGCUUCCAGCUCCCCGCUGCAGUUGGCAGGAUUGGCGAUGGUCGAAUUCGCCGGGAAGUCUUUCCUCUGGGGGCGGAGGAGAUCGCGAAGAGACACGCUCAGAGACGGGUGGAGAACGGCAGACGAGGCAUACGGAAGGAACGCAGGGAAAUGAAGGAGAGUGCGGUAUUUGGGGGUUCUCUAGUGUAGGGGUGGCACUGACUGAAGCGAAGACCAGGAAGAAGAAGGGAUCCCCUGUCUCCUCUCCACAUCUCGCGACCAUUUUGUCUUCGCAUCGUGACGGAGAAGCGAGGAGACGAUGGUGGAAGAAAUGUGCUCCCCUAUGGCCUCCCUGGAAGACACGCUACACCAAUCGCUCUCUGGAAGAAAAACUGCUGUGCGUCCCUGUGUACGUCGUGGUGAAUCGCUACGGGGCGCCCUUUCUCUCUCCGCCGUCUCCCGCUGUCCUUGCGGAGCAGCAGAUGCAGGAGCGAGAAGGUAGAGAGUUUCGCUUGCCACAGCAGAUUGCUCUCGCCUUUCUCGACGGCGAAGACGCGACGGCCUACCUCCACGAACUCGUUCAGAGCAACCCCGGAGGCACUCAGGUCGAGGCGCGGCUCUAUUGCCUUCCUCUGUCGACAGUUUGGGAGCAACAGCGUCGCGUUUUGCUCGACCCUCGCCGCGAAACCUCUCACAAUGGGGACGAGCAAACCGACAAUGCGUUUUCUGUACGGCGCUUUUUCCUGGGGGACAGUGGAGGAGAAGAGGAAGAGAAGGCGAGAGAAAGAGAAGAAGAAGGGAGAGAAGCAGCCCAGCCCCAGCUGCUCUGGCAAAUCGUUCCCUCGACGAAACAGGUUCGUAACGCUCGUCGGCAGUCGGGUUUCAGGGGAUUCAGAGAGGGUACAGAUGUCCCUGUCUUCUACGUAGAUGACCUGCUAGUGGAGAGAGACGGCGACUCCGUUCUUCCGCUCUUCUUCUCUCUCGAAGAUCUGCAGACCGCGUGGAAUAAGCAGCGAGAGAAGGAAGAGGAAAUGACGAAGAAAACAGAGAAAGCACGGAAGGCGCGUGGCGAACAAGGGGACGAAGAAAGAGACGAAGAAGAGGACAGGGAAAGAGAGACAAGGAGACAGCGGCUGCGUCAAAAACCUCCAGUCAAGGUCAUGAAUCUUUUGAAACUGCUUCUCGUACAGGCAGAACAGCCCAAAGGCGACUUGGUGGCAGACGGUCGCUGGGGCUUCGUGCCGAGUUCGGAAUCUCUGGCGUUUCUGGAAAAAGAAAAGCGACGAGGCGUGGCUCCGGCGCGCCUACUUUUCGGUCCCGACGAUCAAGGACAAGCGUGACAGUGAGCGCGACACCGGCUUCUCAGAAAAGUACUCGAAACACGAAACCCAGAGUGGCAAUGUGACGACGAAAGUGCAGACAACAACAGGGCGGAAGGAGCACGUGGACUCUUAGACAGCAGCAUAGAAGCGCGCGAAGCAGAGGACUGGAACAUGUAAACGGCCAUGGCCAGCUGGCAUUGUAGAGGCAGCAAAGGAAUACGGUGGAGUGUGGAAAUGGAAGGAGGCGGAACGGGGGUGGAGGGGACAUGCACAGAGGAGGAAGAAGAAAAGUAGACAGGAAAAAGACGCAAGAGGCAGCCAUUAGGGAGGUCUUAGAGAAGAGACAGCGUCGAUUCAGAGGGGCAGAGACGAAGAAGCGCAGAUCGGAGACACGUGCGCAAAUUUCAUGACACGGAAAGAGACAGGGACAGACACAGGAGGUUUGAAGGGGAACAGAGACUAGAAGAAGGGCAAGAACCAAAAAGAAGGAAAUAUGGAAAAGAAAAGAAUACGAAGACAAAAAACGAAGCAAAUAGGGAAACGGAAGAGGUUCAGAGAACCAAAGGGGGUGCAAGAGGAACUCUUUCUUCUCGGAUCCCUGUUUACGAGGGGUGCUCUGGCUUCUUUGCCGGGUGACUUUCUUUUAUUUCUUCUUCGUGUCUGCCGGUAUACCCACACGGGGACUUGGCAGGCGUUUCGAGUGGAGCGCAACCCUAAGAUCCCAUCUAGGACUUCGAUUCGUACAGGCGUAUUUGAAACAUCUAACUCACUGGAUACGCGCUAAGUCGAAGAACCAAACCAGUCGUCCCGCAG